AUGUGCGACGGCGAUGGACUUUCAGAGUCGAUUCAUGAAGCUGCGAUGAGCGUCAUAAACAGCGAAGAAUUCAGGCACGUUUUCAAUCAGCACCAGGAGAGCGACUUUAUUGAGGAGGAUGAAAUCGAUGAUGAUGAUGAUGAUUUGGAUGACGAUUAUGUGAUUCCACCGAAGCGGAAGGUGAACAGAAUCCUUUUUACUCUUCGUUCUCGCGACGUUACAAGAAUUGAAGAAUGCUCAUCGUCUGAUGCAAGCCCACAGAAAAAGAGGCCGUCUGACAUGUCGGCUAUCUGGCGGACUAUCAAUGAAGCAACGUCCAUGUUCCGUGGACGCCAUGACCCCGUAUCUAUCGAAUCUAUGCGCGUGCUUUCUCACCUAGCUUCCGACGCGGAAACCGCUCUGGACCGAAUCCAAUUGCUGGCGUAUAAGGCACAUAAGGCAGACGAUGAGGAGGUUUAUGAGCAGGAGGAGGAGGAGGAGGAGGAGAAUGGCAAUUUAUAA